CGAGCAGACGAAGUCAUCGAUGACGUCACCGCUCCACAACCAUACAUGCUUCGGAGCGCGCGCCACCAAACUUCCUGGAUUACUCCGAAGCAUCGGAACCCCGCGAGCCAACACUACCGAUGAGCCCCCGACGGGCUCACUUCUAAGGGCUUCAAAAGCCGCUUUGGGAUUCAUGGAAGACGACGCGAAAAGGUUUUCGCUCGCCAAGCGUCUUUCGUCAAAACCCGGAAGCGAGUCGCUGCCGCACUCCCUCCCGAGCACUCGCGACGUCAGGGGAUGACGUCUACUGGUCCAAAAACCGCCCUCCCUGUGUCGCGACACCUUGAAUUGGCUUCAACAGGGCUGAGCAAUUAAAGGACGAUGGUCGUUGUCGUCUGAAGUGCGUUUCAAUGUCGAGCCGAGGAGACCGCCGCCAUGUGGACCGCCGGUGACGAGGGCGCGGACUCGCGGGUGGAUUCGCGCGUCGGAGCGGCGCGCCAGAGCGCUUCUCCGGAACGUCCGCCUCUUUUCCCCUCCGAUGACAGCAGCGAUGGAGUUUGUCCUCCGGAGCCAGCAGUAGCAGCAGCGGCGGCGGCGGCGGCGGCAGCAGCAGCAGGGAGUCGCCACGGCUACCAAACUUGCCCGAGCGCGUCUUCGCUGAAGGUGACUAUCCAGCGACGCGGCGACGGUCGCGCCUUCAAGAUGGCCGGCGAGCGGCGGGCGGCUCCGGGCCUUGGCUGUCACCUGUGCGGGGUCACCUGCUCCACCAUGCAGAUGUUUGUGGAGCACAUGAGCAGCUCAGAUCACGUGAGCAGAUGGGAGGAGAUGGCGCAUUCCGUCAGUGUCGUCACACGCGCGCUCACCAACAGGAGACGCCGUUGGUGCGACACUUGUCAGAGUGACUUUAGCCAUGACGUCAUCAGCCAUCGCCAGACCAAACGACACAAAGCGCUCAAGCGUGUGGCACGGCCGUUCUGUGCGGCGUGCCGUCGUCGUUUCAAGACGCCCCGAAAGUUUGUGGAGCACAUGAAGUCGGACAAGCACAAGGUGCAGAAGGUGCGCGCCCGGAAGGCUCAGGGGCAGGAGCUCAUCACCGUGGAUGCCAUUGGCUGUUUUGAAGAGGAGGGGGGCGGGGCAAAGCAGGAAGUGGCGUCAGAAGCGGCCGAAGACGAGGCGGCCGCUCGCUCGCUCGCUCGCUCGACAGGUGGCCGGCCUAAAAGCCCAUGACGGGUGGAAGGAAGCGUGGGGGAAGUGAGCUCACUUGACAGCUAGUUGUAGCUGAUUUGGGAUAUUUGGACAAAUCACGGUUUCAGAAAAAAUGAUGAGCGAGAUGCUGACAAUAACGUCCAAUGGGCGCUUUUGUGUACUGACGCCCCGGCUGAAGCUGCACCCUUGCUUCCUUGCUUCCUUGCUUCCUUCCUUCCUUGCUUCCUUCCUUCCUCCCUCCCUCCCUCCCUCCAUCCCUCCCUCCCUCCCUCCCUCCCUCGCUCGCUUGCUUUUUUCUUGCUUCCUUCUCUCCUUUCUUCCCUUCCUUUCUACCUCCUUUCCCUCCAUCCUACCUUCCUUCCUUGCCUUUGAGCGACGCCCCUUGCCUUUGAGUGGUGAUGAGGCAAUGCCGCCAGCAGAUGGCGACGGAGAGGCAGCCUUUUACGGCGGGCUUGGAAAGGCAACCUGCCUACACAAAUCGCUGACAGUUGAUCCGAGGGGCAAAAAUAAUGGUCAUCAUCUUUGUCAAAGUGUGUCGGUAAAUGUUUGCCGUGUAUUCUCAAUGCAUUGGGGGGCAGAAUGAUUUUUUUUCGCACGGGUUCUUUAGCAAUCUGAAUCCAGUACAAGAGGGUCGUCUACAGAUCAUGCUUUAUACGUAUUUGUGAACAAAUGCUUUGGUUGAGGGACUGAUUGAUUAUUAUUUUUGAAACUUUGACGCAUUUGCUGACGACGCACGCUCAAAUCGGAAAUGUCCAAAAACAGCCAACAUUUGACAUGUCUGAUGUCACUUUCAGGAAGACACAAACCUCUGCGAGUUUGCAAAUGUCAUGAUUAUGCCUAGCAACUAUGAAAUGAAAUUGUGCACGGGGGCAAAUGUC